ACUGGAAUGACGACUGCUGGAACCUCUGUGGCGCCACCCUCUAGCAGGCCUGCUUACCUCAGAGACCUGCUUACCUUAGAGACCUGCUUAGUCUAGAGGUCUCGUUAGCCCCUAGGCCUAGCGAUCCUGUAAGCCUAGUUACCUUGCUCACUGCCUGCACUGUGGUUAUGCAAGAAAUAUAUUCAGGAAAAUAAAAUAAAUCGUUGAGUGUAAUGUGUUAGAAGGACUGUAUACUGAAAAAAAAAUGUGACAAGUGAAGGGUUUAUUCCAGUUGUUGUGUUGAUCCAAGGUAAGAAAAACAUGGUCGUGACACGAUAGUUGUGAAAGCUGUGAGUGCAGUGAGUGCCUCUGUGAGGCACUAACUACAAGCAUGUCUGAUCAUAAGAAGUGGAAAGAAUGGGUGGAGUGUGUUCCUAGUUUCUACGUGUCGACGGAGCCAGGACCCUCGUGGAGGUAUGCAAGUCCCGUCACUACACCAGUCACUACAGCAGUCACUACCACCUCACCAGCCACACUUAACAGUACUUCACUCUCGCCCUCAAAGGCCAAGAGAGCCUCUGGGGUUACUAUUGCACUGCCUCCAGCAUCCAUCUGUGGUGAUCCUCUCUCCACCACAGCCUGGAUCACUGGCGCCUCGUCUAGUGCCACUGCCGCGUCUAUAUACGUCACUCCGACGAAUACCUACCUCACCGGCACUUCUACCUAUGUGACAGCCACUGCCAGCUCUACCUAUGUGGUAGCCAGCUCUACCUCCGCGGCUGCCAGUUCUACCUACGUAAUAUCUCCAAGCUAUGUCAUCCCUUCCCCCAGCUUCGUCACUGCUACCCCAGCAUCCAGCAACUAUCACCGUCUCUACUACACCACACACAGGAUGCAGAGUGUGGUGGUGGGUGGUGAGGGUGAUGGUGGCGUGGUGGUGGAGACGGGGCGCACCGCCCCCUCCUUCCUGACCCCACACACACAGGACAAGGAGGAUGUCUUCUCAACCAGUAUCAUUUCAUGCAGCACGGACCGUGAAGAAAUGGAUUUCCGGAAAAGUAUGCUGCGGAUGGAGGAGGAGCUUCACAACCUGCAGCUCCACUCACAGCGCUCCACGCCCCUGGAACCCUGCCCUCGCCUGCAGCAGGAAGGUUGCGAGGACAUGAGUCCUGACUCUCCCACGGGGGUCCAGGUCAGGUACAGGGACGGUCACAGGGUCAACUGGUUCGAGGGAAUCAUCGGCUGUCUCAGACCUGUCUGGACCAUCAUCGGAAAGGCGGCGCUCAGCGAGAAACAAGCACAGAGUGAGUUCACUUUUUUUUUUUUAUUUUUAGUUUUAAAGACUAUUCUGGCUUCAGUUUUACGCCGAAAUUAUGCUGCGGAUGGCAGGAUGAGCUUCCACAACCUGCACGCUCCACUCAAGCGUCCACGCCCCUGGAACCCUAGCCCUCGCCUGCAGCAGGAAGGUAUGCGAGGACAGAGUCCUGACUUCCCCGGUGGGUCCAGUGUCAGGAAGAUGGCACUUUCAGAAACUGGAAAAGGGAUAGGUAGCUUCAUGUGCAGUACUUGGAUAUCCUUAAUGAUCUAUUGCAUUUGCUUUUUUCCUUUAAGUGGUUUACAGUUUACUUCAUUAUUUAUGGACCUUUUCAGUGUCCUCAUUGGUAGCAAUCAAGAAGUGAAAAUAAGCGAUUUUGGAACUUGCCGAGAGUGGAAUGACGUCAGCACGCGAAUGAGUUUUGCAGGAACGUUGGCCUGGAUGGCACCAGAAGUUAUUCGUAAUGAACCUUGUAAUGAGAAGGUUGAUAUAUGGUCUUUUGGUGUAGUAUUAUGGGAGCUGCUGACUUGCGAAAUCCCUUACCGUGACGUCGACAAUUCUGCCAUCAUCUAUGGUGUGGGUUCCAACUCCUUACAUUUACCCAUCCCCUCCACCUGUCCUGACGGCUUUAGAUUAAUUGUUCAGAUGUGUUGGAACAGUAAACCUAGAAAUAGGCCAUCUUUUAAAUAUAUUCUGAUGCAUCUUGACAUUGCCGCUGUAGAAAUUCGCAGCACUCCUCCAGAAACAUAUUUUAAAACCCAGAUGUCAUGGAAGGCAGAGAUUCGACAACAAAUGGCAUCUAUGAACUCUAGAGGGUCACAUAUUCCACGUAUAGAAGAAGAUUUGGUGAAACGGCGUCAUGAUGAGCUCAAACAUGCGCAGGAUAUACGUGAGCAUUGGGAACGAAAACUGGUAAUUGCUAAUGAUUUGUACCUAGAGCUGUCUGCAGCAAUGCUUCAACUUGAACAACGAGAAAAAGAGCUUCUGAAGUCGUCUUCCAGGCGGGAGCAUGCAAACCAAAUCCACAAAGGUAAACGGAGAAUUGUGCGACCAUUAAUUAAAGCCCAAGAGCGACUGCAGGCACGUAAAGGAAGUCAGCUUACGUCUUCCAACCCAACUAGUCCAGAGGCCCCAUCUUGUGUUCUCUCCCCUUCCAAGUGUUCUUCGAACCGGCCGAAAAAGCCUCUGUAUACAGAAAUAGGAACAAAUAAUAUUCCACUGUCCACAACUCGCCCUGCCUCGCUUCACGUUUCUCAAAAUCACACUCGAAUAACUUCUCCAUCUCAUACUGGAGGAGCUGCACCAGAGUCAGGCCAUCAAGAGUCUGAUUUUACACGUGGUGGGUCAGGGUCAAGUCGACGGCGUUCUCGUCAUCAACGCAACAAAAGUCAUGGGGGUGUUGUAGCGUAUGUAAGCUCGGCUACUAGUCCCAAGCAUUGUGUGGUGCCAGAUAAAAGGGGAUACAGUUUAAGUCCAAGUCAAGAAAGAGUUCCUAUAUUGGUAGACUCAGGAACUCAGACAGAUCACAUGGAUAUGAGUGAAACAGACACAUCUCCUGUCAAGACUCCAGGGCCAAACAAACCAUCCACCCUCCCUCUUCAGCAAGAAGAGACAGAUACAGGUGGAGGUAGUAAGCCGCCCUGUGGCCACAGUGUUCUAGAGACGAGUCCUAAUGGUAAUACAAUCCCAGAACAGAGUCCAUGCUGUGAACAUUGUCCAAGACAACAGUAUCGACGCUUCACCUCAACAGAUUCAAACGAUUCAAAUAAAAAUUUUCCUAUAGCUGAUCCAGUGGUAGCUAGACUGAGUGAAGGUAGACAAGAAUAUACUAUUGAGGAAACUCUUCAGAUACUUAAUAACAAUGAGGAUGAUGUAGAUAUUUUACACCAACUGGGUGAUAAAUGGGAUGCAAUUGAAAGAGUUCUUGCAGAUAAAAAAGCUUUACCAAAUGGCUACAAAGUUAGGCAUGGACCUCUUAUGAGAUUUGAUAAGCCUAUCCCAGAAAGUGAAUUUUCAGAAUCUACGCCAGUGGAUGUCAAGCAACCAAAAUUAGAGGGAAUGUCACAGAGUCAGUCUUCAAACACUACAAAUGAAGCCGAAGAGGAAGAGAGGAACUCGAGUAUUGAUCAAGAUAUUCUAAAUAGGAAUUCUGACAUGGUAGCCUCCAGUGAACUGGAUUCAAGUCAUGAUUCAGUUGGUCAUGAAGUUUCAGCUUCAGAAGAAGAUGAAGAUGACUGUGAUGAUGGGUCACUGGAUGGUAACUAUCAAGUCCUCAAACGAAGAUGCUUCAUGCGUCGACCCAUACCAAGGAGCAAGAACCAUCGUUCUGUUUGUAUGACACGAUCUACACAGAGUACACAAAGUAGUGAAGGUGGGGUGUCAGAAGAUGAGCCUGGCCCUUCUAUCAGAGGAGGAUACUAUAAUCGAAGAGCAGUUAUUCACGAAGGAGUUGGCCGGUACCCAUCUAGGCUAAUGAAUGGUGCUGGCCCCUCCCAUGUCAGUGACACAUCAGAUUCUGAGGAUGAUAAUGGAGAUGCCAUAAGUGUAAAGGCAGUAGCACCUAUAAUUCUUCAAGACAACACUAGUGUUGGACCAGGAAAUAACCCUAAUAUGGAGUCAGUAGAAGGGCAAGAUUCUGCUGGUGAAUGGUGAAUGAAUUCUUGUAUAUAAAUCAUAUACAGUACUUUACUGUAGCAUAUAACCAUGGAAAGUUUUAGUGGAUAUUAUUAUGAUGUGUUCAUGGAAUUAUAUCUCGACAUAGCUGUUAUUAAGAUCUUCAGUACUUGAGCUGAUUAUUCCUAAACUACAAAACCACAAUGUUUGAUGUAUACAAUACACUUGCAUAUUCAAACAACCAUCAAGACUCCCCAUAUAAGGUUAAAGAUAGUUUUGUUUGGAAGUAAGUUAUUAUUGCAUGCAAGAACCUCUAUAAUAUUUACCAGAACAUCUCCAGAUGUGACACUUCUGAAUCUUUUCAGAUAUGAAGUGAUGAAUUUAAAGUAUGUUAUAUUACUGUUCAGGAAACAAGGAAUAUCUGAACACACACACACACACACAUAUACUGUACCUCCUUGUUCCUUAAAUCUGAUGAGCACAGUUGCACAACUUAUAUGUGGAUGGGUGAUAAAGUAUUUCCAGUAAUAAUAUGAAAGGGCUGUAGGCUAUAAUUCUAAGAAGAUAUUCAUCCAAGGAGCUUACAUCAGGUUCUGAAAAAUUGUUAAAUAUAAGACCUUGCAAUUGUGGCCAUUCACAAAUGUUAUUGUUCUCCAGAUAAUAUCGUAUGACCUCUGUUAAAUUUUAUUAAGUUAAUGCAUUCCAUAAGACAAUUUACUGUUAAAGUGCUCAAUAGAUUUUUCUUCAUGUUGCUCUCAAUUGUUAUUUGUAUAAUAUAGAUUUUAAGAAGUGCAUUUUUCUUUCAAGAUGAAACUAAGCAUUCCAUUAUGUUGAUCACUGGCAUUUGUACAUUACUGUAAUUUAAAGCUUCUUAUAAAUGUGUAUAUGACUUAAUGGUGCAGUUAUUUGUUAUGUUUACAACUAGCUAUUUGGUUGUGUUUUGUCCUUAGCUUAUAUUCUCUAGUCUGGAGUGCAUAAUCUCAAAUUCUGAAACGUUACUUGAAGUGGUAAAUGUAUACGUUCUGACUUGUAAGCCAUUGAACGACCGGUAUAGUACCACUAGUUUGUAAUGAAGGCAACUAUUAUCAGUAGUAAUUACUGAUGUAUUUAUUCUUCAAAAUACCUCUUAAUUAAACAUUGUAAAUAUCAUCCUAAGUACAUUCUGUUUCUUAUCAUUCAUAGUACCUACUGGAAGGGAGUGAUUCUCACUAUUCAUUUCGAUAUUCACUCCAGUGAUGCCAAGUUAUCAAAUAAUGUUUCAGGAUUCGGGCAUAACCUCAAAAUGUUCAUACCCCGUCUGUUCAUUAUCAAGGAAGUUAAAGCACACGAACAAGAUACAACUGUUACUGUUAAUAAAUUAAAAAAAAGGAUGUAAAGCAUAUAUCUGGAGUGGUCAGUACUUUUUUCAGUACUGUAUGUUUUAGCGGUAAAGAUUACUUGCUUUCAGUAGAAAGAAAAUGGAAUACUCUUGAAUUAAAGGAUGUUUUUGUAAUUGAAAAUUUAUUGAUUUAUUGUAUAGAUAAUGCUGGUCAUACCAGUUAAUAUUUUGUGUUAAUUUUUAAUGGUAGAAAAUGCAACCAAGGAAAGUAAAACUUGCAGUAUAUAUUAUUGGGGCUUAUAAUAUUUUUGUUACCAUGCAUCUCCUAAGAUGUUGUGCACAGGCUUCUGUUAAUGAGAUUUUUUUUUGUAUGUUCAAACAAAGUUUUCAGUAUUGAAAUGAAAAGCCUGCUUUAUUUUCAGUCUGACUUUGGCAGCUGUCUAUAAUAAUAAUAAUAAUAAUAAUAAUAAUAAUAAUAAUAAUAAUAAUAGUUAUGAUAACUUCACUACAAAAUAUAUGCUGUCUUUAUUUUUAAAGGAAAUUGUGAGAAAAGACAACUUAUAUAAUACAGUAUUCAAAAUUUAGGUGUUGGUGUUUGAUGCCUCCAUUAUAAGUUUUUUGUAAACAAAGUUAUCAUGUCACUUUAAUAUACUACUGAUUUUUGACGAAGUAUUGGUUGCACGAGAUCUGCCAAGUACCUGUGUAUGAUACUGAUGUUCUGAAAAGUCUUGCUGUGGAUGAGGAGUCCAGGUUAAGCUGCUCUGAUAGGGUUGAUAACUAUGAAGUGUACAUCUAGCUGUCUCAUUAUACAGUACUUUAUAUUCUAUACUGUACUUCCAUGACUUUUUAUUAAGUCUUAAAAAAAAUGUUAUACUGUACAAGCAUAUUUCAAUUAAAAUGUUAGUACCAGCAGUAGAUAAAAAUACUCACAAGAUUCUGCACACAUGGUGUAGUGUAACAAAACAUGCCACUAGUGAACUACGGAACAGUGAGGGAACACUAUGUUAUCUUCCUUUAUGCUGAGCCCAGAUAGGUCUUGUGUAGAUAUAUGUGUGGGUCGUGUGGUCUGUGGGUUAGAUGAAUGCAUCUAAGAAAUUUCAGUGUGUGAAAGGCAGCAAAUGAAAUUUUUAUUAAAAAUUAUAAAUUGUGUUCCUGUAAUUUUUGUACUCGGAUGUUACAGAUCCAGGAAAAGUAUGUACCUCUUAUUUAUAUUUUUUGGUAAUACAGACUGAGAAACGUUACUGCAGUAUGCAAGUUUCACACGUUAAAUGGAAUUUUUUUUUAAGUUAUAUAGCUUACGAGCUUCUAAAAUUUGGGUGGAAUGAAUUUGAUCGUUCAAUAAUUCAUUCAACUGGAGUAAAUAUUAAAAUACCAGUGUUAAAUUCUAUUGUACAUAUGAUGUAAAUUUUAGAGUGUGAGUAGGUUUGGAUAUACAUACCCUGUAUAUACUGUAUUCCAGAUAUUUUUUGUCUCAUGUUCAUAGCCAAUUAUGUAUAGCACUGUGUUUAUUAAGCUUCAUUACAUUAUCUCCUUUUCCAGUUUAAAAGGACUCAGUGAAUCAUCUGUAUAUUCAUCUUCUUAAAAGCCAGUUCUGGGAAACUCUUUAUCAAAUUGCCUAUCAAGUCAUCUGCCUUUAUGGCAGGUUUAUGAAGUGUCAUAAAUCUUUAGAAGUGCAAGGCAAAUUUUUUUUUUUGAAGUUCUUCUCUUCAAAUACUACACUGCUGUUCUUUUUCUAUUUAUUUAAUAAAAGAAAGUGUUAUAAAUAUUGAAAAUGUAAUGGUGCCAAAUUCAGUUUGAGUUGGCAGCGGUGAUUUUCCCAAUAUUUGUAUAAAUUAUGUAAAAUCGCCUCUUUCUUACGGUUCUUUGUCUCUCAUUUCUCAGUUGUCUAUAAGGGUACAAUGAAAGUGACUUAACAAUAUACACAGCUCCUUUACUUAGCAUUCCUUUCUCUUAUGUUACAUCUUUUCUUGUUAUCUUUCCCAGUUCUUACAAGUUAUCUUAACACGAUUUUUGGGUUUAGAGCUUAACAUUAUUGUAUUGUUAUUAUUAUCUAUUCAUGAUUUCAUAAACUUCACCCUCCCAGGUCCCUUAUUUAUUAACUCUUCAUUCACAGUUCAUUUACUCAGCUUAUUACUGGUCAACUUCUGGCAUACCAUAAUUGCUAUCCUUUCCUUGGCUCCUUUCCAUGUCAUAUCUACACCACUACCUUCCUUUUUUUUGGGUGGGGGGGGGGCUCACUUCUUUCCCUUAUAUUAUAGAUGCUGGUCAGUACUUUCUUCAUUAAUCACCUUUCAUGAUGCUAUAUUAUUUUCUUCCCUCUCUAUCUUUAAUUUUCCUCUUUUCCAUUUUUUUUGUCCCCCCCCCCUCCUCCCCACUUCAGUAUCCCAGAAUUACCAUGCCAAUCAUGUGUCUGUUCUGGAAAAAUACUCUACCUUCAAAAUAAAAUGAAUGUGAAAUACAAA